AAUAAGCCCCACGAAAGCGCACACCCCAUCUAAAAAAGGCCGCAAGGCAAAGAGAAAACGAAACGCGAAGCAAACCCUUUUCGGCGUCCGGCGUCCCCAUCCCCACCCCACCAGGCCACCACGGCGGGAUGAGGCCGGCGUCGGACGCGCACCAGUCGCGGCUGCUCUACGAGCUCUGCGCGCUCCUGCUGACCGUCCUCCGGGCGUCGCCUGACGACGGGGCGGUGGCGCGGCCGCUGCUGCCGCGACAUGUGACGCCCGCCGGGGUGGCGUCCAUGCUGCUGGGGGCGUCCAUGGCGCUGAUGCUCUGCGGCUCGGUCACCUUCAUGCUCGGCUUCUUCCUCAUGCCCUGGGUUGUCGGGCUCGGUUUCCUCUUCCUCUUCGUCGGCUUCAUCACCAACCUCUCCGGGAUCUGGAGGGACAUCAUCCUCUGGCCCUCCGUCGCGUGCUCCGCAUCGGACUCACCCAAGGAGGCACCCUCCCCAUGGCAUAUGUUUUCCAAGCCUUCAUCCAUGUCGACGUGAAGCCAAGUACAAAGUAAGGCUCCCACGGAGGUCCACAGAAGCAGGGAGUUGUUGGAGCAGCAGCCAUUGCCAACCUAUAUUUUCCUUCCUGGACAACCCUUCUUUUACAUGUGACACCGCAGCAAGUUGCCAAGUUUUAAAUGGUUUUGUACUGUGUCUAGGAGGAUACGGGAUACUUGCUUGUACAUACGGAAAAGAAGGUCGCGUCUAAACAUCACGUGCAGCUUAUAAUUGUUUCA